AUGAAUCUUCACAUCAAUUUCAUCAUUGUUUCAGCAGCUGUACUGCGUUGCGUGAUUGCAGUACCUAUUGGGCUGUUUCCAGAUGUCUUGAAUGUAGAAAGCACCUUGAGAUACCUCAACCCAAGUGCAUCCCUAGAAUUUAGUCCAGCAAAAGAUCAAGGAAGAAAUUCUCACAUGCAAUAUUUGAAAGGAGUACAAGUCAUCAAAAAGGUUUUGAUCAAAGACGUUCGCGGGCUCGAGGAUCAAUUCAAAUUGGACAUACACGGAUUCUCUUACGUUAAGGAUAAAGUCAUAGGGCUUGAAGAUUGUAAGAAUGACAAUCAGUAUGGUGAAUUACUAAGACCAGCUGCUGAAGAGCUAGUAAAAAAGAUAACCAAUGCCGAUGCAGUUGUUGCCUUUGAAUCUCGGGUUCGAGAUCAAGAGGCUAAUUUGAAUGAUAUAGGUCGCAGUAGAGCGCCUGUUCCCAGUGUUCAUGCUGAUUUCUCACCGGAAGGUGCACAACGUGCCAUAUUAAAUGCUAUUGAUAUCGCCCUUGGAUCAGAUAAUAAAGAAGCAGAGAGAUUCAAGACUCUUGCUCAAGAUGAAUCCAAUAAAGUUGUGAUCAUUAAUAUCUGGAGACCUCUUCAAGUCAUCAAAAAGGAUCCAUUGGCUCUAUGUGAUUGGAGAUCAGUUGACAUAGACAAAGAUCCACAGGCAUACAACCCACGAGGUCCUGGAAGAGCCGCUUCUAUGCAAUGGCGUUAUAACCCAAACAAUCGAUGGUAUUGGCUUAGUAAUCAAGAUACAGAUGAGGUGGCUAUGUUUGUACAAUAUGAUAGUGCUGCAGAAGGUCAUAUGACCUUACCUCAUGCAUCAUUUAAAGGACCAGGUGAUAAAUAUUUACCAGCAAGAAGAAGUGUCGAGGUAAGAGUGAUGGCAGUGUUUUCCAAGGAUUCAGAUAAGAUGCAAAUACAAAAGAAGGUUGUAUAG